AUGGCCCGCCAACAGACAACAGUGACCGCGGUUCUCACUCUCGUCACUCUUUUCUCCAAUUCACCAAGCCGGGCUCUCCAAGUGAGCCCAAACUCACCUUGUGCCCGCGAAUGCUUGGACGCUCCUCACCUCGAUGUCUCAGAUCCCAACUCGUCCAGCACGCUGAACUCGGACAUUGUGUGCCAGGAUGCCGACUACAACAGCAACACGGGUACUAAGUUUAUGAGCUGUAUGUCCUGCUUACAGAAGAGCUCGUUCGCCCAGGGUUCUGAGAGCGAUGUCAAGUGGUUCCUUUCUUACUCCUAUUGCUCUGCUGGUAACGGUGAGGCAAUGGAUCCAGCCAACUUUGAUAGUUGUAUCCAGUGCAUCUCUGCUGAGCAUAGAACAGACUACUUAGCGAAUUCCGGAUGUGAGCAGCAGCCCGCUCCCGGAACGGGAAUUCUCGGCCUGAACGGUACUGUAUUCACUAAGGGCCAAAUACAGAUUGUUGACCCUUCAACACUGGAGGACGAUGGAGGUUCUGAGGGACCUGUCCUGCCAACCUCCACAAUCAUCGGCAUCGCUGCCGGAUCAGUGGCUCUCCUGUUGCUCCUAGCUGCUGUGACAUUCGUUUGUGUACGCCGUCGACAGAACAAACGCACACGUGAGAUCAAAUCCCGACGCCACACCUCGUCCUUGUCCUUCCAGUGCCAAACACACAUCCUCUCCCCUCGUUUUUGGCCUGGCGUCAACAAUCCCGGUUCUCAAGGGUUUCCCCAGCCAGACAGCAGCUCUGGUGUCUGGCAAGCACCACAGCACGUCGACGAAGCCCUUACCUCUGGUAAUUCAGUGCACGAUGACAUCGAGACGGCCAGCACAGCAACCACUGCCACGACCAAAAAGCACGGCCUGGCCUCUCUCCCAUCGUUACAUCACCUGACAACCACCGUCCCUCCCCCGCCUUCUCCGCCACCACAGGCCCAUACCUCGACCUCUCCCUCAUCCGACUUCAACUCUCCUCUUUCAGCCACCGAAUCUGUCCGCAGCACUUCGCCCCUACUUCCGCCCCCCCCGCCAGGUAUCCGUAAGUACAACCCUGCCGAGUACGGUGUGCUCAACAACUCGCCUUUGUCGCCCCCCAGCGGGAGCAGCAGCACAUUCAGUAGUCCUAUCUCCACCUCGGGUAUGGGGUUUGGUCUGGCUUUGAGCAGUCCCGGGAGCAGGCUGGAUAAUGGGAGUGUGGCUGGCUGGACGGAUCAGAGAUUGUAUCAUGCCCCUUCACCUGCGCCUCCUCGGAUUCAGACGCCCUCUCAAAGCCCUGGCCUGGGAGUGUUUGAGAACCCUGCUGUGCCAGAGAAAAUGUCGGAACGAAAGACGACGCCGCCCCCCGCUCGGCCGGCUAGCAGUGAUGGCGUGAAAUCUGGUGGUGGGUCUGUCUUUCUUCCUCCUCCGCCGCCCACUCUUCCUACACUGAAGACGUCGAGGAGUAGUGGUCUUCUUACUGCGGCUAGUGGAGUUAUGUUGAAGAAAAAGGGGAGUGGCUCGCCUAUGCCUGGCAGUCCGGUUGAGUCGGUGGAGAUUAAGACUAAGUUUGAGGGUCCUCCGAGAAGAUGA